CCGACGCGCAGUCCCCUCCAACAUUUUCUCUCCGGCUCGGGUAACAAAACAAGAGGAGCAGGACUCGUCUCGUUCAUCGGGACAGAUUAACAGAUUAUUCCUAGGACUUGGUUUGCUGUUUAUUCUCCCGGACACCCACAUUUCCAAUAUAGCUCACAGGAUAUAAGUUAUUUACAGUAGCAUAACCCCAGAAGAUGGGUUCAGUCCCAGCGAUAUCUGUCCUUAUUUUGGGCAUUGUGGUUCCAGCGCUGGCCGGCUAUAUUGAGGCACUGGCAGCCAAUGCAGGCACAGGAUUUGCCGUGGCCGAGCCACAGGUGGCGAUGUUCUGCGGGAAGCUCAACAUGCACGUCAACAUUCAGACUGGCCGCUGGGAACCUGACCCAUCCGGUACCAAGAGCUGCGUAGGAACCAAAGAGGGUGUGCUGCAGUACUGCCAGGAGAUGUAUCCCGAGCUUCAAAUCCCAAACGUUGUGGAGGCAAACCAGCCGAUUCGUAUUGAGAACUGGUGCAAGAAGGAGAAGAAGGUGUGCAAAGGGCACGCCCAUAUCGUGGUGCCUUACAAAUGCUUAGUAGGCGAGUUCGUGAGCGACGUGCUUCUGGUUCCAGAGAAAUGCAAGUUCUUCCACAAGGAGCGUAUGGACAUGUGCGUCAGCCAUCAGCAGUGGCACGGUGUGGCCAAAGAGGCCUGUGCCAAGAGCUCCAUGGUGCUGCACAGCUACGGCAUGCUGCUGCCCUGUGGCAUCGACAAGUUCCACGGCACCGAGUACGUGUGCUGCCCCUCCUCUCGCACCGGGGAGGCCGCCCUUCCUUCCCUGCCCUCCCAGGAGGAGGACGAAGAGGAGGAGAUAGAGGAUGAGGAGAUUGACGAGGCCGACCUGGAGGAGGAGGAUGCUGUAGAGGACAGUGAGACGCCAGCUGACGAGCAGCCCACACAAAAGGAGGAGCCGGUGGACGAGGACGAAGAUGAGGAGGAGGAAGAUGAGGACGAAUACCACUAUGUCUAUGAGGACGAGGAGGCGGACAAAGAGGAUGAGGAUGACAAGAAAGAGAGCAGCAAAAUGUCAGAGAACCUAGAUGAGGACAAGACUCUGCAGGAAGUGAAAGCGGUGUGCACCUUGGAGGCUGAGACUGGCCCCUGCCGUGCCUCCAUGCCCCGCUGGCACUUCGACAUGAGCCACAGGAAGUGUGUGCGCUUCAUAUACGGGGGCUGUGCCGGCAACCGCAACAAUUUCGACUCAGAGGAGUACUGCAUGGCCGUGUGCAAGCGCCUGACCAUGCCCCCAACUCCUCAGCCCACCGACGAUGUGGACAUCUACUUCGAGACCCCGGCCGACGACAAGGAGCACAGCCGCUUCCAAAAGGCCAAGGAGCAGCUAGAGAUCAGGCACCGCAACCGCAUGGAGAGGGUAAGAAAGGAGUGGGAAGAGGCUGAUCGCCAGGCUAAGAACCUGCCUAGGCCUGAGAGGCAGACAUUGAUCCAGCACUUCCAAGCUAUGGUGGAGUCCCUCGAGGAAGAGGCAGCCAGUGAGAAGCAGCAGCUGGUGGAGACUCACCUCGCCCGGGUGGAGGCCAUGCUGAAUGACCGGCGCCGUCUGGCCUUGGAGAACUAUCUGGCCGCCCUGCAGGCUGACCCCCCCAGGCCCCACCGCAUCCUCCAGGCUCUGAGACGGUACGUCCGCGCUGAGAACAAGGACCGCCAGCACACCAUCCGCCACUACCAGCAUGUCCUGGCUGUGGAUCCUGAGAAGGCUGCUCAGAUGAAAUCACAGGUGAUGACCCAUCUGCGUGUGAUCGAGGAGAGAAUGAACCAGAGUCUGUCUCUGCUCUACAAAGUACCGUACGUGGCCGAGGAGAUUCAGGAUGAAAUCGACGAGCUACUCCAGGAGCAGAAAGCUGACAUGGACCAGUUCCUGUUGUCUAUCUCUGAAUCACAGCCAGAUGUCACCGUGUCGUCAGAGGAGAGCGUGGAAGUCCCCAUGUCCGAGGGCAAACCCUACAGGCCCUUCCAGGUCACAUCCUUGGGGUCCCAUUCGGAGCCAGAGGGCUCCGCCAUGUCUGGUUUAGACGGUCUGAUAGGUGCUGAGGAAAAAAUCAUCAACAGCAAACCCAAGAUCAGCGACAAUGUGGUGAUUGAUGAGUCUCUGGAUGUUAAAGAAGUGGUUUACAGUGCAGAGAGAGUCAGCGUUAUGCAUGAUGAUGAGCUGGAGUCUUACCGCCCCCUGGGAGAGGACUUCAGCUUCGGGAGCAGCGCACUGAUUGGCUUGCUGGUGAUCGCAGUGGCCAUAGCAACCGUAAUUGUGAUCAGUCUGGUGCUUUUGAGGAAGAGGCAAUAUGGCACCAUCAGUCAUGGCAUCGUGGAGGUCGACCCCAUGCUGACACCAGAAGAACGCCACCUCAGCAAGAUGCAAAACCACGGCUACGAAAACCCCACCUACAAAUACCUGGAGCAGAUGCAGAUCUAACCAGAGCCUAUAAGGGGGGCGCUGUGAAGUCAGACAGAGGACGGCAAUAGAGGGGGAACAUACUACUGACCAAUAACAUAUGAUGCUAUUGUUAAAAUCAUUUUGCAUACAUCCAAACUCCAUUUACUGGUUUGUUCAAAACAAUCCUUAAAUAAUGCUACUACUUCUACUACUGCUACUAUUGUACUAUAGAGCUCUUUUUUGAUCAUGUUUCUUUUGAAAAGGUGAUGUAUCUGCUGCCAUUUUGCAUUAUGGAAAAUGUGAUCCUGCAGAUUUUCUCUGUAAUUAUCGAUACAGCUAUCUCAGAUCAAGAUGUACAACAUUUCUUCAGACAUUUUAUUUUAUUUUUUAAAAAGUGAAAGGCAAAUCCAGCGAAAUUUAAAUGUUUUUAAGUAGCCAUCAUCAAACCGGCAGACCAGACACUACGCCUUUGUUUUACCAUCAUGCAAGUGUCACUCAGUUUCUGAUGGUUUUUUAUUUCUCAAAAAGAAAUUGGUGUUUUUAUUUUUUGUUCUUUUUCCUCUCAAUAGAUUGCUUGUAUAUGAAGGUUCUUUGUACCGAUUAAAAUGUAUAGUGAAAUGAAAACAAAUGAGAAAAAAAUGAAAAUCAUGGUUAAUUUACUUUAUGUUCUUUGUUAUGAUAACAGACAAAAAUAUACAUACAGUUUAAAUAUAUAUAAGAGUAGAUGUUUUUAUUCCACCUUUUUUUCCCAGGGAAGAGGUUACGAGUUGGUUUUAGGGUUCUAAGAUCAGUGGUCAUGGGUUGUGUUUGCAGGCACACUGACGGAGAGAGAUUUGGGGAAAGGUGAAACGUGUGCACAGGCCCCCAGCUCAAACACAUCACACAAAACCUACUCUGAACUCUUACUAAGUGAAUGUGAUGACAUCCCAAUAUAUUCCCUCCUGCACACACACACACAUAAACAAGCUUUUAUCAAUAGGGAAACCAGAUAAAUUGAUAAAUGAAAUAAUGCCUCUUGACGUGUGUUACAUAGUUGAAUGUAUUGUGGAAGCUUUUUUUUCCCAUACUAUGUACCUGACAGGUUCCCGCGCGGCUUUGAUUUUAAUGCAGUGUCACAUACACACAUGUGACAGUGUGUCACGACAUGCCACAAACUGAUAAACUAUUGUUGCUUUUUUGGGGGGGUGGGGUGUGGUGGGAGGUUGAGGGCAGUUGUUUAUGAAUUUUUUGAACAAAUUAUCUGAAGCAAAAAAAAACAGUACUAGACAAGCUACAUUGCAGACAUAUUUGGUGAUGGUGUACACACGUUACUGGAGCAGCUGUUGGCUUUGCUGGUCAUGAGGCCAAGAACAGUCUGAUCGAUCAAAACAGGGCUGAUCCGCCACCAGGGGGCACCAAACAAAGCAAAAAAAUGUACAAAUUCUGGUAGAUUUUGGAGCAUUUUUUAAAUUAAUCUGAAUUUAAUCUGAACCAAUAAAAAUUAUUUUGGCUGGUCAAAUUUUGCAAUUUGAACUUUGGGUUUAAGGCCCACCCCCAAAAGGCUCGGUCCGGCCCUGGAUUAAAGACACCUGAGACAACUUGGAGCUGGAGGGCUGUGCAGGCAGACAGAGACACACAUAAAGACAAGGCUUGGAGAGCUGGUUUCUGGAAAAAGAAUAAAAUAAACUUGUGUAUUUUUACAGGUAGAGAAUGACACAAACAAGUAAACUGAAUCCUAGAAUCCUUUUUUCUCUUUCUCUCUCUCUCUAGUAUUGUCUUUGUAUGCCUGUAUAGUUGAUGUUGCAAUCAUGGCUUUUUUCUGGAGGAUUAUCUGUGGUGUGCAUUGUUCUUAUAUGAAAUUAUAUGAUAUAUAUUUUUAAGUUUGUUUUCUUGUUUUCUAUUUUUUCUCUUCCUGUGACAGUAUCUCUGUAUGUGACUGUCUCACUAUGCACCCAAAUGGCUUCAAACUUGUAACUGCCUGCUUGAUUGUGGGAGGGGACAGGGAACUAAUAUAAUAUGCAUAUUAGUGAUUUAAAACACAUUUUGAUUGACAUCAAUGAAAACAGAUUUAUGGUUACAGGGGGGAUACACAUCAAUAAACUCACAACUUCCAUA